UCUCACAUAUGGUAUGAAUGGAAUGGGUGAACGCUAUCUGUCUUCUUGAACGCUAUCAGUCUUCUGCUGCAGACGACAGCCGAUAUUGGAAUAGCCGGUGGCACUGGAACCAGCUUUGCACGGAAUCUGCCCACUGAGUUAAUUUUUCUCUCCAGUUAGGCUAAUUGAACAGGUUAAAUCGACCUAUUCUUGUGAUUUAGAUUGAUCUGUUUUGUUUAAUAUUUUGUAUUAGCCUAUCUGCAUAAUAAUACCCCAGGACCAGGUUUAGUGCAUUUUUUACAGCUAAAGGAAGAAGUGAUGGAUAAAAUAAUGUCCAGACAUCUCACGGUGAAUCCACGUUUUCUACCUGCGUCAAAUCACUGCGUACUGAAGUCUCUAUUGGAGAACCCCAUGAAACUACCCUUCCUCAAACAUGAACACCAAAAUGAAAGGUUUGAGAAGGAGCGAGAGAAGGAGAAGAAUUUGGAUGAGGAGAGGAGUGCCCCACAGUCAGCCUUCCUUGGCCCGACGCUGUGGAACAAGACUCUCCCCUACGAUGAGGACAACUUCCAGCUGGAGUACAUGGAUCUGGACGAGUUCCUGUCGGAAAAUGGCAUUCCGUCUGAUCUCGCCACCGCCGUCCACCGCGACCAGCACCAAGCACACCAAUCACAGUCCCAGCACCAGACGUCAAGUAGGUCACCAGCCCCGCCCACACCGUCGCCCUCGGUGAUCGACCUUAGCAACCAUGCCAGCGCAUCGACGUUGGUACACACAAGCAUGGGCGCACAGAACUGUCUCCGUAGUCUCACCAGAACAGCCCUGCCAUCCAGAAACACUCCCAGCCCCAUCGACCCAGAGUCCAUCCAGGUGCCGAUGAGUUAUGAGCCCGACCCUGCUGACCUGGCCCUGUCCAGUGUACCGGGACAGGAGAUGUUCGACCCCCGCAAAUGCAAGUUUGCCCCCGAGGAGCUCAAACCACAGCCCAUGUUCAAGAAAGCUCGCAAGGUGUUAUUCCCUGAUGACAUGAAGGAUGACAGGUAUUGGGUGAGGCGUAAGAAGAACAACGUGGCUGCCAAGAGGUCACGGGACGCCCGUCGGCUCAAAGAGAACCAGAUCGCCAUCCGAGCGGGUUUCCUGGAGAAAGAGAAUUCAGCACUGAGGAUGGAGGUGGGCGACCUGAGGAGAGAGCUGGGGCGCACCAAAAACAUAGUGGUCAAGUACCAGGCUUCACACGGACCUCUGUAAUUGGGACUGAGACAGAAUACAUUCACACACAGAUAGCAACUACACACACACACAACCAUAAAGAAAAACACAAACACACACACACACACACACACAAAUAUGAGGCUGAGAGGCUGAGCUGUCUGAGACAACCACCCAAUCAAUCCCCCCAUUUAUCUCACCUAUGUCUGUCUCUGAUUGUAGAGUGAAAGCGGAUAACGUUGUGUAAAUUGUGAGUAUGAAACGGAAUGUGUUUCCUUUAUUUCUGGGCUAUGUGUGUUUUUAAUUUUAUUAUUUUCUUUUUUAUAUAUCUAUCCACACAUAGCUAAUGUAUUUGAUGUGUUAUUUUCCUUACACGGUGGUUUGUACAUAUUGUCCACGGCGUUUACUGUGGCAUUUCAUUUUUUUAUGAAUAUGUAUGAAUGAAUGUUAUAAUACCUUAUUAUUAUUAUGUUAUAUUACCUACCCUCAUCCAACUCCCUCUUGAUCCAUAACAUCUGUUAUCGUCUGUUGAUGAUCUUGUGUCUGUGGUUGCCAUGGUUUUCUAUGGUUUCCAUACUGUAAAUAUAGGUUAUGUCAGCUGAGAUGUCUCUGCUGACGUUACCUGUCCCACCUUAUCCAGCUUUCUUUUUAAUCACCCCCCCCCCCCCCCC